CCUCCCAGAAAACAAAUACAAACGGAAGGAAGAAGAAUAAACGUGAGCUGAGACAGUAAUAAUAGAACCACAAGUGGAGAAAAACGGCACUAACAUGUGUAAUUACACCCUGUGGAGCAGCACAUUAGGCUAUAAGCUGACGAACUAGCUAAAAGAGUGACCGCGAAUUCAACUCCUGAAGAGGAAGAAGCUGCUAACAUUCAUAGCAGAUAAAACUUGGCGCGUUUUGUUUCAGCAGCUUGAUUAACUUACUCUGACCAACAAAAAUGGACUGUACAGCUGACAUGCCUGCUAAUGUUGCACGCGACUCUUCAGAUAAGAACAGCUCCAGCUCUGACGACUUCAUACCUCUCUCGAAGCUCUUGAUGAGGCAACACAGCGAGGACAAACAGUCCUGUGAAAACACACGCAGCUCGACCUUCAGCUCCAACAUUAAUACAAAAAAGGACAAAAGUGUUUUAGCGUCAGAUGAUUCCUCAGAUGAUGAGCCGCUGAUAAGGAUGAAGACAGCAUCAGCUAAGAAAUCAGAGAAAAAAGAGGCAUCAACCAAGUCUAAUGGCACAAAUAAGAAGAAUGCAGACUUGAAAACAAAUGAUAGCUCUGACAAUGAGCCUUUGAAAAAGAUGGUUGAGGUGGCCUCCAAAACUGCAAAAAAGCCUUCCUCUGUGCCUCCAAAAAAAUCUGUUGAAACAAAGAAGAAAGAGGCACCAAAUGAUGAUGCUAGUUCAGACGAUGAGCCUCUAACUGAAGUUGCCAAGAAAAUAAAGUCCCAACGUCAGGCAAAGUCACCGAGAAAAGCUAAUCUGGUUACAAAAUCCAAAAGGAAUGCUGACAGGAAAAAGGUUAAAUAUGCAGAGUCUUCCAGUGAUAGCUCAGAUUAUGAGCCACUGGCAUCAAAGAGGAAGAAGAAGAUGACUGCUAAAGAGCAAAAGUCUUCUGCAAACAGCAGGAAUACAAAAUCAAAACUUACAGGAAAAUCACUAAAAGACUCUUCGUCCUCAGACAACAGCUCGGAUGAUGAUGUGCCCUUGGUGAACCUCACUGGCAAGCAGAGAAACACAAAGACAACAAAAAGGGCAGCUGUAUCACAAGGAAGCGCGUCUAAAAAGAGAGAAGGACCGUCAGAUGAAAGCUCGGAUGACGAACCUUUGAUUAAUCUUGUGAAAACGACCAACACAAAAACAAGGGGUUCAACCCCAAAGAAGAGGGCAACACCUGCCAAGCAGCCAAGAAAGAAGACUUCAGCUGGGACAUCAGAUGAAAGCUCGGAUGAUGAACCUUUGAUCAGUCUUGUUAAAAAGACUCGCACAGACAAACAGCCCAAUACAAAACAAAGGGUUUCAACCCCGAAGAAGAGGGCCACACCAGCCAAACAGCCAAGAAAGAAGACUUCAGCUGAUUUGUCAAGCAACAGUUCAGAUGAUGAACCCUUAAUCAAAGCAGCUAGACACCCACAAGUGACCAAAAUCUUGAGAAUAAUACUUGAGAGGUGUGAUGUUGAAGAAGCCGGGGCAACAGGGAGCCCAAACAAAACCAGAACAGAAAGAUAGAUCUCUGAAGAUCCCACAAAUGAUGAGUCAGACGGCCUUGAAGGAAUCACCAGAAGUCUUCUGGUAGAAGAUGAAACAUAAGUCUGCAACAAUGAGAAGAAAUUACACCCUUUUUUUUCACCUUUCACCUUCUGGACUGGGAAGUUUAAACCACAUAGUGUCUGAAGAAAGACAGAGAGUGAAACUUCCCAAACUAUUUUAAAUCCAUUGGAGAGACACCUUCUAAAUAUCACAGUUAGUGUUCAUUGUUCAUGUUUUAUAUAUGGUACAUACAUCUUAAUUUAAGGGGUUAAUAUUUAUACUCCAGUUUUUAAGUUUGGGACCAAAUUUUGCAAGUUCCUGAAACAUUUUAUGCCAAUGUAAAACAGUAUGAUUUUAUUUUACGAUUUGUGCCAGUUGUUUGCUUUUAUUGUUUCCUCUGUGUUUUUAAUUUUUCAAAAGACUAAUUUAAUGCAGUGAUGUUGCACAGUGAUUUCUGCUUUGAAUUGACUGUACAAUCUAUUGUGUCGGAUUAAACUGCUUUCAC